CGAAGCGCACAUCUAUCCCGUACGAGAUCCCAGGCAAAGUACACGCUGCAUUGCUAAUUUCCCUUGUCGUUUUCUGUUGUUCAAAAAAUAGACCUUACUACAAAUGGGGCUACUACAAUGUCCCAAUGCAUUCCUUGUCUUCUGGCUUAUACCCCUUGUUCAAGCUUACACGGUAUUUGAGACAAAUUGUUCUGCCCCUGCUACUCUAUCAAACUAUGUUUCGUCACCCAACACUCGUGGCACUCUCGACAUCCUCUGGAGUUCUCUCUUUACAAUCUUCGCUUGCACCUGGACCCUUCAGCAUCCUAAUGUCCCCGCACAACGCGACGACAGUCGCUCCGGACAAUCGAAACAUGUUAAAUGGAUGAGCGCUCAAUGGAGAAGUGCUCAAUGGAGCACUGCUAAAUGGGGAUUGAAAAGCUUAUAUAAAAGUACACUGAGGAUGCUUUGCACGAUUCUUGCUCCCGAGCUAAUAAUGACUACGGCUUGGUUUGACUGGGUGGCGGCACAUAACAACUGUCGUGAUAUGCAGCGGUUCGCUGAGAAUGACGGUGUUGCUUGGACUUUAACUCACAGCUAUUUUGCAAAUAUGGGGGGUUUUGUCAUUCGAGGCAAGCCAACGAAAGAACAAAAGCAUCACGACCCCUACCAUCUCAAUGGUGAUCUCAUCUACCAACUUCGAGAUGCAGAACAUAUCGAAAAGCUGCCUACCAUUACAGAAGAAGAGAUCAAAGACAAGUCUAAAGGUGAUAUUUUUGUCAAAUUAAUUGCACUUGGCCAAAUUAUUUGGUCUACAAUUCAGAUUAUCGCACGGGCUGUUAGAAGGCUUCCUGUUUCACCUCUUGAGGUGGCUGUUGUGGCCUUUGCUAUCUCUGCGGUCUUUAUAUACGGUCUCUAUUGGAACAAACCACAGCGAGUUGGCGUCACUCAAACAAUUCAGCUAAAGAACAAUAAUAUGCAGAACGAGAGAGCCAAAUUGGAACGAGUCACUGUGGAUGAAGGACCCCUAUUGCAAGGAAGAGCCACAUUGGCAGAGAGUGCAAUAUCGAUGGAAGAAGGAGCUAUAACAGAAGAAGGAGCCAUGGUGAAUGAAGGGCUUAUCUUAGAAGAUGGAAGAAUUCCGACUAAAGUCUACGAUCUACUCAAAAACGGGUCUGAAAAAGUUCUUAAAGUUUUAUUUGAGGGGCUCCUCUCACUUUUAGGGAUCGAGAUUGAAACAGAGACUCUACCUGGUGCGCCGAUUAGCCUCGACUCGGCGCGUGAGGCAGGUGCUUGGGAGACUGCAGGCGUUGUGGGUGUUGGUGCGGCGGUGUUUGGUGGGAUCCAUGUUGUCGCUUGGAACUUUGCUUUCCCAUCAACAGUUGAGUUGAUCUUAUGGAGAUGCGCAAGCAUUUAUACGGCUGCAGCUCCACUUUGUCCAAUGCUGCUCGAUUACAUCUACAACGAGCUGGGCUUUCAUAUCUGCAUUGGAGAGGGCUUCAUCGGCGCCUUUUACCUUUUUUCUGCAUCCUUUUACGUCAUUGCCCGGCUUUUUAUUCUUGUCGAGAUGUUUCGGACGCUUUGCUUCCUACCUCCUGGGUCAUAUAUUUCUACUUGGACAACGAACAUGCCACAUCUUGCUUAGUAGGUGGCGUUGUGCGCCAGUCAUACAGCUUCAAUGUUGGAUGAGAGGCCUAGAACCCAUUUGGGGUUGCAUGAUUCGGGUACGCUGGUUUCUCAUAAAGGAAUUGUCAAUACUCGAAAUAUAUCGAUUAUUCUAAUACCCCUUGUCCCGAAUCUAAUAUUGAUAACAACACAUACUAAAAGAACGUAGCAACGGCGUUGGAUACCUAUCUAGGUGGAGAAUUGAGUUUCUAGUAUA